UAGCGCAGAAGAUUUUGAUGCACUUGUUUCUGUCUUACUUCCUAGCAUUGCCACUCACAUGGAUCGUCGCGAGACGCUGUCAUUUGUAUUUAAUUGCCAAAUGGGACGUGGACGCACUACAACUGGCAUGGUGAUUUGCUGCUUGUUGAUUGGUCUUGUGAUACCGGAGUAUUACGAUGAACUAAACAAUAGAUAUGAUCCUCUUUUCAAGCCAGAUGAUUCACCAUUAUCACGUGGGGAGUACAGUUGCAUUGUGCAGCUAAAGCGUGUACUUACAGGGGGACGCCAAGCGAAGCUGCAGGUGGACUUAGUGCUAGAGGUGUGCGCCAAGAUGCAAAACCUUCGCACAGCGAUUGAGAGCUUUGCGUUGCAGGUGAAGUCACCGGAUGUCACAGAGUCGCAGCGUGGCCGGGCACACCACCACGGAGUACACUACUUGCGUCGGUACUUCAAUCUUAUCACCUUUGCUGCGUAUCUCCAGGAGGAAUAUAAUUCCAUGAAGAAAAUGAUGCGCAGCACGUACUCAUCAUGGUUGGCACAGCGACCCGAACUCACGACUUUGUGUGACUCCGCAUCUCUCAAGUAG